ACGGGCUGGCUGGGCUCCUGGUGGCUGUCUGAGCGCUUCAGACGGUGGUGGGGGAGACGACCAUCAACAAUCAGCGUGUCCUCGAGUGCUCAGAAGAAAUCAAAACAAGCAGAAGAGUCACGGGGAUAACUGCAGAAAAGAAACGCAAACUGCCCCUCCUCGGCAUCUGGAAAAAGCACCGAAGAAGAAGGAGACGAACCUCCCCUUCAACCCCACACCCCAUCGCCAACCCGCCCAAUCUUACCCGACCCACCAGUUCGUGCCAUCCCUCUAGUCUGGACCGCCCUCCUACCCCGCCAGGAGAACCACGACCACCCAUAGGAAACCCCCACUUGACCAGCGUUGCCAUUAAGCGAUGCGCUCUGAAUCUGGAGAAACCACCUUUGCGUUUUUGAUGCACUACACAAUCUGUGGUCUUCGUUUUUCUUCAGCGGGAACACUUGAGGCUACGGAUCUGAGUGUUUAUACUUUUUGACGGGUUUCCAGAGCCAUGAUAACAUGCAGAAUACAGCUUCACACGGCAACAGACUCGGCUGUCACUCCUUAGAUUAGUCUUUUUUUUUUUUAAACAACCAGCUGUCACAUACGCUGUGUUUGAGCUUCUGUGUGAUUUUCCAUGCUUAGAAAUAUUCCUGACAAUGGUCUGGGAACGGACCGCCUCUUUAGACACCUAGAAAUAUUUUUUCAAGAAGCUUCAGCCCUGUGUUUUGUUUUUGUCAAAGAAAAAGCUACAAAUUGACGAGGAGUCAUUUGACACCGACUCCGCUUGAGCCGUGUAGGACUUUGCAGUUCGAAGUUUGCACCGGGAAAGAGGGGGGCCAAGUCGGAGAUAUCUCAUCCAUACACCGCAUUUUCCCGGUAAGGUGGGAGGUCGGCGGGUUGCGGUCAUGCUGUCCCUGGACGAGCCCCUGGACCUGAAGCUCCCUCGGCGGGCCAACGGGCGGGACAAGGGGGCGCGUUCGCCCCUGCUCUCUCCGCUGCACCCCAAGCGAGCUCGCCAGCUACGCAUGGCGGAUGAUGGCACGGCAGUCAUAGAGCCCGCCUCGCCGGCAUCUCCACGCACAGGUGUGCAGGUGGUCCCUCAUGACCGGACAGACACCCCGACCCCUCCUGCGGUGGACCUGAGCAUGUCUCCCUCCUCUCGCCACACCCCCAGCUCUCCAGAAAUGACAAACGGCAACUAUGUCCCCUCAGGGAAUUCUCACAUCUCACAGGCCUUUCAGUUUUUCGUGCCAAUCGGAGCAGGGGCAGGACUUCACCUGCCAUCCUCCAUGUUCAUUGGCCAGACAAGCGACAAGAGAGCCUCUCCUGACCUCUCAGCAGAUGAACAACUGGCCUGCCACUGGAAGAAGUGCCAUCUGCUUUUCGACUCCCUGCAAGACCUGGUGGAUCAUGUCAACGACUUCCAUGUGAAACCUGAAAAGGAUUCUGGGUACUGCUGUCAUUGGGAGGGCUGUGCUCGCAAAGGGAGGGGAUUCAAUGCUAGGUACAAGAUGCUCAUCCACAUCCGCACCCACACUAACGAGAAGCCUCACCGCUGUCCCACCUGCAACAAGAGCUUCUCACGCCUGGAGAACCUCAAGAUACACAACAGAUCACACACAGGUGAGAAGCCCUACAUUUGUCCUUAUGAGGGAUGCAACAAGCGGUACUCCAACUCCAGCGACCGCUUCAAGCACACACGCACGCACUACGUGGACAAGCCCUACUACUGCAAGAUGGUUGGCUGCCUGAAGCGCUACACAGACCCCAGCUCUCUCCGCAAGCACAUCAAGGCCCAUGGGCACUUUGUGGCUCAGGAGCAGGGCUCCCCAGGCGGGGUGGGCUCUCUGCUCAAAGGUAGCCAUAGUGGAGGGCUUGCCAGCGAUGUGGGGAAGGAAUCAGACCUGUCCUACGUCAGCGCAGCACACAUUAUCAUCCCAGGUGCGGCUCUCCUUGGAGGCCAUGCCCUGCAGGGUUUUGGUGGUGGCCUGCCCAUGUCCCCGAUAAGUCCUCGGCCCCUGGACCUUAGCACACUGGGCUGCCCCAGCUCACCUCAAGGCGGCCUGGGGGGCACAUCCAUCCUGUCCUUUAACGGCUCUCAUCUGGGCCUGGCCAAGUCCUCUCUGCUCUCCUCGGCGUUCCCCUCCUCUGCCCUCGGCCUGUCCAUGGUGCCAAUGCUGGGGGCGUCAUCUGAGCGCAGGGCCCAAGGUCAGCAAGGGAAGAAGGGCCGGGGUGAGGAGGCCAGGAACGAGGUGACUGGGGGGGUCCUGAACCUAUCCACAGGAGGAGCUCAUGAUCCCCUGUCCUGGGUGGUCAUCCCUCCAGGCACCGUGGUGCUCAAGCCAGCUGUGGUCAACUGAUUCUCACACACACACACACACACACACACACACACACACACACACACACACACAGAAAGACACACACACAUUCCAGAGGAGCUCAGGGGGUUGGGAUGGGACGGUGAACGCCAUAGUGGGGGUACAGGCGGUCAAAGGUGAGAAGGAUCAGCUCGCACAAUCAAAUCCAGACAAUGCAUUUCAGAGAGGGGUUGGAAAAGGGGAAAUCUAGAGAAACUUAAUAGCAAAACAAUAGCUAACACUACACCUCACAAGGACUAAGUAUACAACGCAAGCCUCUUGUUUAAUGGGAAACAAAACUUGGGGCCCAAGAAAAUAUGGUUCUGUGUUUCUAUCACAAGGCCUGACAACGGGCUCCUCUUGUAUUUUGUACUUUAUUCAUUCCUUUCUGCUGCUUCUGUGGACAGGGACCAUGAAAGUCUUAUUGCUCUGUGUUCUUACAAAAGUCCGGAUUCAUUGAUAAGUAUUUAUAUGACAUAUGUUCCUCAUGACAGUGCGCCUGUAGCUUAGCUGUGAGAAAGAAACACCAUGAAACUAAAUGACGCUCUCACGUUAGGCUAAGACGCACGUAAUAGGAAGAUUCUCCAUGCUUGAUUUUAAAGUUAUGACCUAUUUUUCACAGGCUGCUGUGAUUAAUAUGAUUCAGACAGGCUUGCCAUACCAAAGCAAGUGAACUCAAACUGUCUUGGAUUUUCAGCUCUGAGACAGUUCCAUUAAACACAGCACUUAAUAGUGUCAACUGGUUUAUAGUACUGAAACCUCAAAACUGCUGCUAACCUUUCAGCUCCCCCAGUGUAUCAUUAACUGGGAGUGAGCACUUUUGACAAUCUGUCCCCAGUUUGGGGAGGGUGACCAACAAGAAUGUGUGCCGGGCUCGCAGACUAGGGGCUUUUUGGGCACAGAGCAAACAGGGGACUUCACACAGACAAAUGGUGUUCUAUCACCUGACAAUGACCAAUCAUCACUUCCUCUUUUACUCAAGCGAAAUGUAAGGCACAAGUGCAUCUGGCUCCCCCUCCUGGCUGUACACGAUACACAACAUCCUGCUUGCCAUCUACAGAACUUGCACUGUUUCACUUUUUGGAUUGUCCAGCUGCUUUCCCGUAAUUGAAUCAACACAGCCAGUUUGAGCAUGAAAGGGCCACUGUGGGGAUUAACACUAGUGUGUUGUGUCUUUUAAAAAAAGUGACCUGACCCAAAACCAGCUGUGAAAAACAGGUGGUCACCCAGUUGAAUCCCAACUUAGCCAUGUGGGCUGAAGUUUUGCCCCAAGUUCAACAUGUCCCAUGCAGUGCAGAAAAUACCUGGAGAGGGGAAAGGGGGAUGUACGUGUCUUGCCACAGAAGGGGUGAUGAUGCACUUAAAGCCACAUGCAGCUGGACUGACUAGGAAGCCACACUAUUCCAAACUGCCUCAUUUUACUCUGUCCAAAGGGGCAAAAAGGACAAAAAGAAAAGACUAAUUAGACUUCUGGGAAAACUCUUAUCAAGGUUCGAUUAAGCAGUCAACAUGCACUUACCACACACUUUAAUCCUUACAUUUUUUACACAACGUUACUGCCAACUCAUUGUUCUGUCAUUUUUUAAAAACUUUUCUUCUUAAGUCUGCUGCCGGGGUCCCUCCAGGCUUGUGUUGCUAAACACUAAUGCAUGCAUGAUGUUGACUGCACAGAGGAGAAGUCAGGGAGCAGGAGAGGGUAAUCGCAACACAAGGAACAUUCCCUCAAGAAACUGUAACACUGACUACCCUCCUCUCUCUUCUUUUGCCUCCAUCUCUCCUCUACCCAUCUGCCAAUGUUGAGGUCCUACUUUUCCAUCACCGAGUCUUACCCCGUCUUAGAAAUAAUCAGUUAUUGCUGUUUUAUAUUGUUGUUCUGAUUUGUAUUUUUGUUGCUGUUGUUCAGACGAGACAUUUUUUUUUGUUUGCUGAUGUUGAAGUUGCUUCUUGUGUUCUGAGACGACUGCUCGACACUCAGCUUUCUGCUGUCCACGACGAGUCUCUAAAAAGAUGCUUGAGGAGAGGACGGCGAGGGAGAAGUUUUGGUGGUUCUCUAGGGCAGUGGUUUCCAAACCUGGGCGUCUGGGAAUAAUUUAGAUUUAAAGUUAACUUAACAAAUCCUGUCAGAGGACAGGCAAAAAAGAAAGGGAAAACUAUUAAAAACAAUAUCAGUAAAUAUCUAGAAAACAGUGAAUCAACUGGCAGGGUAACAAGGGAGUCUGAAACCGGUGUUGAUUGAUGACAUAGUGAAGGGCAGGUUUGUGAUGAUCAAGAGCUCAGAAGGAAGGCAGGUACUAAACCACAGGAGAUGUUACUGCUUAAAAAACUAAAAUAAUGUUGAAAUAUUAACACAUCCACUGUGCCAAGUAGUUGAACUGUAAUGACUUUUCAUAUCUAUUCACAGCAGCACCAUGAGGUUGGCUUUGUACAACUUUUACAGACAUUAAUGUUCCUCUCAGGACGCAUUGUAACAGCGUUAGUGAUCCCUUAAACAUUUUAUAUAGCACCAUCAUCAGGUGAGAAAUUGAACUUUUCCUACAUUUUCAUGACCAAACAACUGGAAAAAAGUUUGACAUUCCCAUCAACCUCAAAUUUUCACAGAGUACAUUCCAAUUAGCAGAGAUCUCAGUGCUAGUAGUAUAAAUUUAAAUGUUCAACAAAGUGAACGCUACCUGACAACCAUCAGCUGGUUACACUGUCACUCUGAGCUCUUCUUAAAGAGCCUCACAGCUCUACGUGCCUGUAGACUCUUAAAAUGAAACAAUAUAAGAGGGGAAAAAAUACUUUUUUGAUUAAUUGCUCGCAACAGUAUUUGAAAACUAUGACCAUUAAUGUGGACUUCAGGUCAAGAGUACAGUACAGUCAACAUUAUAUAACAGUAGUGCUUUGUUUUUAGGCAUUGUAAGCCAAACGGUUGGGAACCACUGCGCUAGGGUACUGAGAAGACUGAUUGAUAUUACAUUCCUACAUGACAAUCACAUUAGUGCACUGAAGGUCAUUUAGAGAGGAUGUGUUCAUAUAAGAUACACAUCUGUUUAAGGUGUCCUUACCAAAAUAUCUUGAGGUAAAAAAGAUUUUGAGCUACCUUUGUCGACUCUAAAUUCUUCAGUCAAGUAAAGCAACACCAGAGACGAAUAACACAGACUGUAAGAGGUUGAUAACGUGGAGAGACAGGAUUGCCUGAAUGAUGAUGAGAAAGAGGCUUUGUGCCAGCAGAGGAAAAGAGGCAGAGGAGAGGAGAGCUGUGCGGCUGCGGUCCAUCUGCCAAACGGUGUCUCAGCUCUGAAGUCACUGGCUGUGCUGCGUCCAAUGUGGCAGCCAGUCACAGACAUACCAGCCUGAGGAAAACUAGGCCACUGAACUCUGUCUGCCCUCUGGGUUUAUUUUUCCCUCUUUUUUAUAGAUUAAACCCAAAAGGCUCAACUCCCCCCCUACCAGAGACUCAGCAAACAGACGAGUUAACAAGCUGCAUCACAGUUAACAAAAACAACCCCCCCCUCCUCCCCCAUGUCAGAGGAGGAGCUCUGUGUCAGUCUGUCCAUAGGAUGAACUGCAUAUCUAUGUUUCUCCCUCAGUAACUCUUAGUCAUCAUCAUUAUCUAAACACUCCCCCCCCCCCCCCCAGUCAUACACACCACCAGCCAUGUCUCUGGGUUCAGUCUGGGUAUCGGAGACCAUCUCUUGUUCUGAGUGGACCAUUCUGGUCUGUGAUGUCAUCAGAAACAGGUGUUAAGUAGGCUAGACAUGGUUUCCGUGGCAACAGUGAAACCCACAGAUGCAGCGGCUCUCCUCCUCCUCCCUGCCUGUCUAUCUGUCCCUCUGCAGGUUGAAGCCAGGGACAAAACUCAGUACGACAGCAGAAAGCUGAAAAAUAUGACACGGAUCCUUCCAGGGUCCACAACAUUUCCAUAUUAAAUAAGCUGUAUGAUCCAUUAACCCUUUGAGCUCAGUCUGUAAAAAACUGCACUUUUGUUCCCCUCAUAGUUUAUGUAGAUAUGCGGAUGCUACCAAGUCCUCACUCAAUGUAAAGCGUUACACAUCAGUUGUUUUGGGAACCAAGAAUAAUUGUUAAAAUCAUCUUCAGCUACUAAAAUUGCUGAAUUGAAAGUCUUAUAUUUUUGAACUUGUAAAAAUGGUACUUGCUCAUGGAGAUUUUAAAAGUUACCCUAACUUAACACUAUGAAAAGUGGAGCUGAAAUCCAGGGCACAGAAUUUGCAUUAGCUAGCUAUUUCUUGUCAAUGUAAAGGGUGCCAUUGACUGAAGUGCCACAGUGUUGCACAAAGGGUUAAUGAUAAGACUAAGGCCAUGCGAGGCCUGUUCCAAGUUAUGUUUUUUGCACAUUUGUGAGAUAUUAUUGUCAGUAUUUUAAUUUUUCCAAGUGCCUUUUUACUAUAGGGUAAAAUAUAGAAGCUAUACACUAUAUGAAUAAAAAAUGAUUAUAUGAAAAUAUAUUUUUUCCUGGCAUCAUGUUCUGUGGUUGAACAUGCAGAAUUUUAGAGUUGUAAAAGUCUCCAAUUGGUACAACAUAGCGGUGUUCUCCUGUUUUAGAGGAAUUUUAUUACGAUAUUGAUAAUAAUGUCAAUGAAAAGAAAAAUGUUUAAUAAAGUUGUAUUUGAUAAAAA